AUGGCUCGUUCAGAAAUGCAGACACCGCGCAUGUUCAAGGUAGCCCUGUUGGUAGCACCAGAAGAUAGGGUUAGCCGAGAGAAGGCCUCUCAUGUCCGAGAAGUCCUGAGCCUGAUCCAAGACGCCCGCCCGGGAAUCCGCUUUGUGGUUUCAGAACACCGCUGUGGCUCCGGAUCAGAGACACUGCAAGCAUGCCUAGACUCGGAUGCCAUCCUGCUCUGCGGACAUGAUGCCGAGGACAGCAUAUCUAUGGCUUUAUCCAAGGAGCUUGACGCUUCUGCCACCAUUCAACCCGUCUCGAUCCCAAGUACUGCUCUUCUCCGCGAGGACGGUCCAACCGAGAGCGUCAAUCUCAGGAACCUCGAUAUCACCUUCGUCAGUGGGCAGAGGGGAGAACGUGACUCUCGUGACAUGAUCGAACGGAUAGCCCGCUGGGCCGGAGAACACGCCAUGCGGUUCCAGCCACCCAAGGCCGUGCAUGUCGUCGACGCGUCCACCUCACUGUGGAACACCGUUGCCAGUGAGGUCCUGCAGAAGCACUUUUCCCGCGUCCCGAUUGAUUCCGUUCCCGUUGAUGUCGCUGCUGCACUGGUUGAUUCCCGACCAACGCAGCUAAACGGGAUUGUCAUCAGCCGAACCGGAGCGAGCCUCGCGGAGAAGGUUCGCAAUAUUGUGGAAUUCAAUGAUCUACUGCCCUCUGCCACUAUCUCGUUGUCUCAGAGGAGCGACCAAGCGGACUCUAGCCUCAGCCGGGGGGUGUUCAAGGCUGGAGACUUCAGCACAGCCCAUGAAGAGGCCACCUGCAUCCUCCCCGCCAUCAGCCUCAUGCUCGACCUCUCUCUAGGGCUUCACGCAGAAGCAGCCGCAAUAACCAAGGCCAUACGUCGAACUCUAGACCCCGUCGAACUCCUCGGCUCGAACAUGCGGACUCCCAGCGCCGGCGGCACAGCCAGCCCACACGAGUUCAUGCAGACAUUCACACAGCACCUAGACACCUAUCUCGAAGCAGCCCGAGCUCUUCCCAGCCCCGAACCCCCUCAACACAAUCCCCACACAUCCCAUCUCCAUAACGCCCCCCGCCCCCGCCCAAUGUCCGUAAUCGAAAAGAUCCUGACCCACGCCGCCGUCGGACUCACCACCCCCACCAUCCAACCCGGCGAGAUCAUCUGCGCAGCCGUCUCCUGGACCCUAACCUCGGAGAUCCUCUGGGCCGGGAUGGAAAAGACGUACGCCGCCAUGGGGCGCCCCAAGCUCCACCGCACCGACAGAACGUGGCUAGCCCUCGACCACACGCUCGACCCGCGCACCAACCACCUCCCGCGGCAGCGCGGCCUCAUCGAGAAAGCCGAGGCCUUCCGCCGCGAAGCCAAACUCGUCGACUUCGUCCCCGCCAACACGAGUAUCCUGCACACGGACUUCACGCGCGAUAGAGCGCUCCCUGGCCAGAUUGUUGUGGGCGCGGACUCGCACACGUGCUCGGCGGGGUGUGUGGGUGCGCUGGCGGUUGGUCUCGGUGCCGCGGAUGUGGUGAUGCCCAUGGUGACAGGGGAGACGUGGUUCCGGGUGCCUGAGGUGUGCCGGAUCAACUUCGAGGGCAGGCUGGGGUUCGGGAUCAGCGGGAAGGACGUGAUCCUGCAUAUUCUCCGCCUGUUCAAGCGGAACACGAUUGCGUUCCAGCGCGCCGUCGAGUACGGGGGUCCCGGGCUGUCUGAGUUGUCGAUGGACGCGCGGUUCGCGAUCGCGAAUAUGACGACGGAGUUUGGCGGCAUGGGGGCGUGCUUUGAGGGCGAUGAGAGGACGGCGGCCUGGAUUGGCGAUCGGCCGCAUGGCGAGCAUCGGGGCGGUUUGUAUUUCCGGGCGGACGCGGGGGCGGAGUAUGCGGAGGUGCGCGCGGUGGAUCUGGGCGAGGUGGAGUGGACGGUUGCGCUGCAUCCGAAUCCGGACGAUGUGGUGCCGGUGAGUGAGAAGGAGGGUAUGAGGCUGGACGGGUGCUUUAUAGGGGCGUGUACUACGACAGAGGAAGACCUGAUUACCGCGGCGCUGGUGCUGGAUGCGGGCCUGCGCUCGGGGCUCGUUCCUGUUUCUGGACGCAGACGAGUCACGCCGGGGAGUCUGAGCAUUAUCAAGAACCUAGAGCGCCACGGCCUGUUGGACAUCUACCGAGCAGCUGGGUUUGACAUCGGGGCACCCGGGUGCUCGUACUGCGUGGGCAUCAACGACGUGGACGUCGCCUUGGAAGGCGAGGUGUGGCUGUCGUCGCAGAACCGCAACUUCCGCAACCGCAUGGGCAAGGGCAGUAUCGGGCAUGUCACCUGUGCGGCGGUCGUUGCGGCGUCGAGCUUCGGCAUGGCUGUUGCUGAUCCUCGGCCGCUGCUCGGCCAGAUCGACAAGGCGAGGCUGGACAGGAUCCUGGGCAGGCAGAAGGUGGCCGUGGCAUUGGCUCCAACCAUCAGCGAGCCUGAGCCUGUUCUCGUAGCAGAGAGCUUCGACGAGUCGGAGAAUGCUGGGGGUGGAACGGAGGCCUCUCCCUCUACUCGAAGUACCAGAGGUAGCUCUGAGCAGAUUCUGCAGUCGAGAGUGCAGAGGUUCGGUGAGAAUGUCGAUACGGACGCCAUCAUCCCCGCCGAGUUCGUCCCAGGCGUCGACAAUGCCGACCUGGGCAGCCAUUGCUUCCAAUACUACCGCCCCGAAUUUCGCCAAAGAGCAAAGGAUGGAGCAAAGAUCAUCGUCGCGGACCGCGGAUUCGGCAGUGGGUCGUCGCGCGAAGACGCAGUUAGGGCUUUGCAGGGCGCCGGCAUCGAGGCGGUUAUUGCGCCGAGCUUUGCGUUUAUAUAUGACAGAAAUCAGCUGAACAUGGGCCUUUUCAGCAUCACACUCCAAGACGACGCCUUCUACGCCCACGUGCAGGAAGAUUCCGUUGUGAUUAUUGACCGUGAAAAGAAAAUCGUACGCAUCGACGGACUCGACCAGGCGUUUGCGUACCAGCAGUCGGAGAUGGAGAAGACGCUGCUUGAAGCUGGGGGUGUGCUUCCUCUGUACAGCCGGUUCGGGCGCGCGGUGUUUCGGGGAAUUGCCAGGGCGAAUACUAGCAGGGGGGAGAGGCCUAAGGCGCCUGCGAAGGGUUUGUCUGGUGGACUGGAGUGGUGA